ACUGGGGAAGUUGUUGUUUCCCUAGCAACAGAGAGCAAGAUAGCAACGGUGUUUGUCUAAUGGCGUUGCUUAAUGCGACUUUGCUUCAUUAAUACAUGUUGCAUGGUAGUUACGGUGUGAUGAAGAAGUAGAAAUAAUAGAGUUCAUCUUAAAUUAGCCGCUAUAUCAGACUGGUCUGCUUUAAAGAGCUGGAGGAUGCUAAAUUAGCUGAUUAAGCUAAACGGUAACCAGGGUAACCAUCUCUUCUUCCAAAGAUGUCUCUUCAAGAGUCACCUCGUCCUUCUGAUGAAGAGGAGGCUUUCUACGGGCACUGCAGAGCCACGUACCUGGCUGUGUUCACAUCUAGUUUGACAAACAUCGCUUCCAAACAGCAGCUAUGUCGUGCUCUCCAGCAGGCCGGUAGAAAUCCAACCCAUGCAACUCUCAGUAAAUACUGGACCCGGAGAACAUCCAAACUGAACUUUGAUGACUUCUGUGAGAUUCUUAAAAGUGAGAAGAAAACUGAGGAAACUGAGCUGAUGAGAGCCUUCAAAAAGAUGGAUGUAAACGGUGAUGGCUACAUCUCACACAGUGAACUGGAGAAGGCCCUUACCACUAGAGGAGAGAAAAUGACCACUGAAGAGGUGAAUGCUGUAUUCUCAUUGGCUGACAUCAACAAAGACGGCAAACUGGACUAUGCAGAAUUCUGCAGAUUGCUUGUGUCUACAGCAGAGCAGUGUCAGAUGGCUGCUUUGGAGAGGCUCGAGGCUAAUGCCAAGCUGAAGAGACAGAACUUUGGCAGUCAGUCAUACAGCCCUCCGAAGAGCUCAGUGUCAUCAGCAUCAUCAGCAGCAGCACAAGCGGCAGCAACUCCUCCUCAGCCUCCAGAAACACCCCGGGGAGAUUCAGACACCACACUCAAGAAAGACAGCAGAUCAUCCUCCCGUCCCCCUUCCGCUCGCAGCAGACGGUCGUCCCUGUCCAACUCAAUCACAAUGACAUCCAGCUGCACUAAGGCCAGCAAAAUGCCAGAGCCUUCAGGCUUACAGGAGUGGCAUCACAUUUCUGUGAAGGGCUGUUUCUUCUUGGAGGAUGAUGGGAGUAUCAGCUCUCUGCAGUACCAGUUUCACGUCCCCCAGACAACCACCGUCUACAUAACCAUCCAACCACUGAACCUCAGCCACGGACCCGACAAGCUUUCUCCAUGGAUGACAGUGGACACAGCUCUUUUUGUCAUGUCAGCUGGUGAAACCAAAGAGGACUCAACUUUAGUGUGUUUCACUGAGUCGAAGGACAAAGAAAAGUAUGUUUGGAAAGGAGAAUUGCAUGCUGGGAAUUACUACCUGCUUCCCUUCACUAGUGGCUGCAAACUAAAGAAAAAGAGCAAAAAGAGCCUUUCUAACAAAUCUGUAGAGCUCGUCUACCGGACUGACACCGGAGAACUGGACCUCACCAGAGAGCUCAGGGAGGUGCUGUCUGACAUCUUUGAGGUGAUCGACCUGGAUGGGAAUGGUUUGCUCAGUCUGGAGGAGUACAAUUUCUUUGAGCUGAGGACCAGUGGAGAGAAAUGUGACAGGGAUGCCUGGGCUGUCUGCAAAGAGAACUUUGAUAUGAGGAAGAACCAGCUGACACGGCAGGGCUUCAUGGAGCUGAACCUGAUGGAGGCCACGGAGAAAGAUGGAGACCCUGCAGACCUGUGGGUCACCCUGGAAGCCAUGGGCUACAACCGAAUGCUGGAGCUAGAAGACGCUUGUCCAUUCCAGAUAGAUGUACACUGUGAAGGCACUCAGCCAUCCAUCCAGACACUCAGUAUGGACUCAGGGCCCAAGCUUCACAACCAGGCCCUCCAGAAGUCCAUCACAGCCAGGACAGGGGCCAAAGCACUGAGGGGACAAGACAACCUCUUCAUCUACACCUACAGAGGAGAACACAGGAUCUCCUCCCUCAUAGCCAACAAGGCCAACCAGAAAGUGACGGUCCAUGUAAAUAACGAGCAGAGCAGGAACUGCUGCAGCAGCAGAGGCAUGAGUGUGUUUGCUGUCGAGGUGCCAGCCAGGACUAAGAUGGUGUGCCAACACAUCCUUCCCAUCAAUGAGAGACAGGACUGGACCUACAACUGUGUGGAGACCAUCCUACCCAGCACGUAGAUGAUAGAUGAAAAAAUAGAUGAUUCAUAAACCAGUGGUUUAAAAUAGGACACAUAACCAAUAAAAACUGUUCUAUAUCCACUG